GGCAGCCCAAGCUACUCCGGGCCCCUCGAGCACACCUCUAGCUUUGAACCUCAUGUCUGUUCGCCCGAUUGGCGUGCCUUAUAUUGUGGCGGCGCUCUAUAUGACGCAUGCGACGCAUGCGGCGCUCGCUGCACCCGGCAAUAUCACAAUUGACCCGCAGGACUCGCAGGCCUUGCACUCUGUGCUUGUGAGCCUGGGCUUGUCGCCGGAGAUGGCCACGCGGGUCGUAGGCGACUGCGGCAUUCUGCGCUGGUGCGACCACUUGGGUCGCGUGCGGCGCCUGGCGAUGCCGCGGAUGCACCUCGCGGGCCGCCUGGAUCCGCAGCUGCUGCGGCUCACGGAGCUCCGGGAGCUGUCGCUCAGUCAAAACCGUCUGCAGGGCCACAUCCCUUCGUUGGCGGGGCUGCGUGAGCUGCAUCACGUUGAUCUCUCCAAGAACUUGCUCUCAGGGUCCAUACCGUCGCUGCCGCCCAAUCUGGCUUUCUUGGAGUUGGCUGACAACUACCUGACGGGCACUGUGUCUUGGGAGUUGGGCCGGCUGCAAAAUCUGCAACUGCUGGACCUCUCGAACAACCAGCUCUUCGGCGCCAUCCCCAACCUUCGAAACUGCUCGGCUCUCGCCACCAUCUUCCUUAGGAACAACUUCUUCAUGGGGAGGAUCCCAGGCUGGCUCCGGUUUUUGCCACGCGUCCGGAAACUGGACUUGUCGAAGAACCAGUUCUACGGGCAGAUCCCAAGCGGCUUCAGGCAGAGGAGCACCCUCCACCAGCUGUCCUUUCACUCUAACAAACUUUGGGGGCAUCUACCCGACAUGAGCGGCUUCGAGGAGCUGCAGGUGCUUCUCAACUUCCUCCGGCACUUCAACGUGCUCUGCUUGCAAAGGAUUUGCUCGCUGCCCUGCACAGCCGGAAGGGGCCAAGGAAAUCUGACACCAGCGACCGGAAGUUCAAGGCAAUUUCAUAUGCCUGCGCCUUGGCACCAGAUCCUCGAUGUCGGCUGGAACAAGCUGCAGGGCGAGUUUCCCGGCUGGCUAUGCAACAUGAAGAAGCUCAAGAUUCUAUCACUGACCUCCAAUCGGCUUUUUGGCCGCCUGCCAAGCCUGGCGAACAUGACCUCCCUGGAGGUGCUGUCCUCCGCGAUGACUCGCUUCAGCGGGCCGCUCCCGGCGCUGGCGGGCAAGCUCCAAUUCGUGAAGCUGGGGGGCAACCGAUUCGAGGGUCCUCUGCCGGAGCUGGGCUCUGAGCUCUUCUCCCUGGACCUCAGCUCCAAUCGCCUCACCGGACCCCUGCCGGCGCUGCCGAAAUCCUUGAGCACGUUGGACCUUUCUUCGAACAAUCUUUCUGGGGAGAUCCCGGUGUCUCUGGCAGGGCUACGACAGCUGACUGCCCUGUAUCUCGCAAACAACCAGCUCACCGGAGAAGUUCCGCCCAUUUUUGCGCACUUGGGCCGAUUGUCCCACCUAUCGCUGGCUGGAAAUCGGCUGCAUGGCCACAUGCCGGACCUCUCCGACAUGUACGGGUUGCUCACUCUGGACCUCUCGUCCAACUUCUUCACCGGACAGAUUGGCGGGAAACUGCAGCGCGCUCGGCGGCUUUCCAGGCUGAGUUUGAGGAGCAACCGCUUCCAUGGAGAGGUCCUUCCGGAACAGUUUCCGCGGCUGACGGAACUGGACUUGGGCCAAAACUACUUCGACACUAUACCUCUGCAGUUCUACCAAGCCAACGACCUGUCAGAGCUUUACUUGGACCACAACGUGAUCUCUGGCACACUGCUGCCUGUGAUUUGCAACUCUCGGAAGCUGAGGAUUCUCCAUCUAGGCCACAACAGGUUGGAGGGGGAGAUCCCAGGUUGCAUCUUUCAGCUGCCCUUUCUGACCCAACUCUUUCUCAGUCGCAACAAAUUCGAGGGUUCCAUCCCAGAGAUCGGAGCCGAGUAUCUCUCGGUGCUGAGCUUGCAUCGGAAUCGCCUGUCGGGCGCCCUGCCGGCCUUUUCGCACCUCUCUUUCCUGGCUGUGCUGACGCUCCACGACAACAGCUUCUCGGGAUCCAUCGGAAACAUGGAGCUCACGUCGUGCUGCAUGGACAACCCCCACUUCAGGGACUCGGGGCUUUCCUGUGUGGAGAUCAUGCAUGCCUUGCACCUGUCCAUCAGACUCAAGCACUGUGAAGAGCUGAGCCGCCUCGAGCUGAAUGCUAGCCGGGUGUUGCGCAACUGCCCCCUCUCCUGUGGGCUGUGCACGGAUAUGGCGGACCCCCCGCGGGCCACCUUUCACCACAACCGCCUGUCCUGUGAGGUGCCCCCGCUAAUUAGCGGCAGGGCGGUCCUGGCCACGGCAGUCAUGGGCAAUAUGCUGGGGAACGGCCACAGCCUGGCGGCGCCCUGGAUCAUGGAGGACGAGUACCAAAACUUUCUGUACUUCUCCCCCAAGGUCUUCAAGGACAACUGCUUCGUGCUCAGUGCGGCCUUCCUGCUGGCCUUGGCCGGCCUCCUCUUCCGCAAGCGCCUGGCACCGAGGAUUUCUGAGGCGCUGGCUGCGGACGGCCGGAAUGACAAGGUCAUCAGCUCCAACCUGGUGUUGCUCCGCUUCUCUGGUUUUCUCUCCAUCUGCUGCUGCCUGCUGCUGCCGGCGCUCUUCUGGGGUGCCACCUACUAUGACUGCCCCCAGCCUUUGUCCUGGUUCACGGUGGCGGGUCUCGAGCAGCCCUGGGCGGAGCUGGUGGUGGUCCUCACCUGGUGUGCGCUGGCAGCCAUCUCCGCCAUGACCGUGGCGAGUAUGCCAGGGGAAGGUGCCUCCCUGCACGCCUGCGGUUUGUCGGCGCGGAAGGCCCUGGCGUGGUUGGUGUGGAUGCUGGUGGUGGCCGUGAUGUCUCUGCCCUCCAUCCUCUUCGCCGUGGCGCAGGUGCUGCCUGCGGCCAACACCUCGGGGCUGUCGGACCAGGUGCUGAGCCUCUGCCACUCGAUUGCGCCCUUCGGCAUCGUGCUGCUGGACGCGAGCCUGGCUUCCAAGCUGUCAGAGGCCUAUGCCAACUUCGCCAAGCUCCGUGCUGAGAACCUCCUCAUGGCGCUGCGACUUUGCACCUUCUGGCUGCUGUCAGUGUUGACCACUGUCUGGCUGCACGAGAACUGCAUGGGGGGCUGGAAGCGGUACUGGCGCGUGUGCGACGCGCGCAACGACGCCCACGAUCUCUUCAACUGGAAUGUGUGGGAUGAGGUGGUGCUGGACACCGAUGCGGACAUCUGCAGCGAGAGCCAGCUGUGGUGGCAGGAGGGUCGGUGCAGCCGCGCGGUGGUGGAGGCGGUGGUGCCUUUGGUGCUGAAGAAGCUGCUGAUCCGCGCCACGCUGCAGCCGGGGCUCAUGCUGCUGGUCUGGCACCUCUCGCAGCCGGAGCAGAAGUGGAAUACAGAGAGGCACUUGAGAUUGCUCGGGCUGAAGACCUCGUCAUCCUUAAGCGCUGUCCAACAGCAGGCCUUGCUGACGACCUUCAUGGAGACGGCCAUCUUCUGGGCCCCGCUGGCGCCCUUGUGCGGGCUCUGCACGUUCUGCGCCUCCGUGGCGAAUCUGCUGCUCUUCCACCAGGGCACGCGCCCAGAAGGGGGCGUGCAGCUGGGGCCCAGCGGCGCCAGCAUGAGCCGGGGCUACCUGCAGUUCUCGCUGGCCGCGAGCUGCGGCUUCCAAGUCUGGCACGCCUUCGGCACGGGCAUGUGGGGUCGCCAGCUGCUGCUCUUGAACUGCCUGGUGGUGCUCAUGCAGCGCUUCUUGCCGCGGAACUGGGCAGCGAAGCACUUCUGGCGGGCGGAUAUGCAGACUGUGGAGCUUCAGGAGAUGCCGCGCAGCUAA